UUUGUAUUAGAGAAGAAGGAUCACAACAUGUGUGACAGACAAAGAAAAAAUGUGCCUCAUUUGGGGACUCUCAGAUCCGCGCGGCUCUUAAUCUUUGUUGUCCUCUCCUCUCUUUCGAGCUUUGCAGUAUUCCCUGCUGCUACUGCUGCUGCUUCUUUUUCUUCAUCCAACACAGAUUUCCAAACACUCCUUUGCCUCAAGCUCCACCUCUCAAACGCCACCAACCUCCUAGGCUCAUGGAAGCAGAACGAUUCCCUCAGUUUCUGCCGCUGGCCCGGUGUUACUUGCAGCAAGACGAACACAACUCGUGUCGUUGCGCUGGACCUCGAGUCAUAUGGCCUUAGUGGCCAAAUACCACCCUGCAUCGUCAACCUCACUCUCCUGACAAGGAUCCACUUGCCGGAUAAUCAACUCAGUGGUCAGAUUCCACCAGAACUUGGGCAGCUGAGUAAGUUGAGCUACCUUAACCUCAGCUCUAACAGCUUUACCGGUUCCAUCCCAAACACUAUGUCUUCCACAUAUCUUCAGGUGAUUGAUCUCAGGAGCAACAAGCUCAGUGGAAGCAUCCCAGAAGAGCUAGGGAUGCUCCGCAAUCUUUCGGUUUUAUAUCUUGCUCGCAACAGUUUGACGGGCAGCAUUCCCCUUUCACUUGGAAGCAGCCCAGCCCUUGUUUCUGUAGUCCUCGCCAACAAUACCCUCACAGGGCCUAUUCCCUCCGCCCUUGCUAACAGUUCCUCGCUGCAAGUAUUGAACUUGGUAAAAAACAACCUCGGUGGAGGUAUUCCUCCAGCCCUGUUCAACAGCACAUCACUUCGAAGAUUAAACCUCGGGUGGAAUAAUUUUACUGGGUCCAUACCAGAUGUUUCAAAUCUCAACUCACCUUUGCAAUAUCUUACAUUAUCGGUGAAUGGUCUUGCAGGUAACAUACCUUCGUCUUUGGGGAAUUUUUCUUCCCUUCGUUCGCUCUUGCUUGCAGCUAAUCAUUUACAGGGCAGCAUCCCAGUAAGUAUAAGCAAAAUACCAAACUUGCAAGUCCUUGAUAUAUCAUACAACAAUUUCCGAGGGACUGUUGAACCCUCCCUAUACAACAUUUCUUCACUCAUGUACCUUAGUAUAGGCGUCAACUAUUUCACUGGUGCCCUUCCAUUUGACAUCGGGUACACCCUUCCAAGCAUCCAAACGUUGAUUUUGCAGCAAAAUAACUUUGGAGGAAAAAUCCCUCCUUCUUUGGCCAAUGCAACUGAUCUUGAGUCAAUUAACCUAGGGGCUAACGCAUUCCAUGGUAUUAUCCCUUCUUUUGGGCCCCUUUAUAAGUUAAACGAACUUAUUUUGGCAACUAAUCAGCUGGAAGCUGGAGAUUGGUCUUUCCUCUCCUCAUUGGAAAAUUGCACGCAGUUGGAGGUUUUGUCACUGGCAACAAACGUAAUGCAAGGGAAUUUGCCGGGUUCAGUUGGUAGUCUUGCAAACACCCUAAAUGCUUUGUGGCUGCACGCAAAUAAAAUAUCUGGUACCAUACCACCAGAGAUAGGGAACCUCACAAACCUGAUGCGGCUUAGAUUGGAGCAGAAUUAUUUUGCCGGAAAUCUCCCUGGCACAAUUGGAAAUCUUGCAAACUUGACUUCCCUAAGUUUAUCACAGAACAAUCUUUCUGGACAAAUUCCGCUUUCAAUAGGCAAACUCGGCCAACUGAACAAGCUCUUUUUGCAAGAUAAUAAUUUCAGUGGAGCCAUUCCUAGAUCACUAGGCGAUUGCAAAAAAUUAAUAACUCUCAACCUUUCAUGUAACACCUUGAACGGGAGCAUACCAAAAGAGCUCUUUUCUCUUAACUCCUUAACAGAAGGUUUCGAUUUGUCCCACAAUCAGCUGUCUGGACAAAUUCCACAGGAUAUUGGUGGCUUGAUCAAUAUUGGCCUACUAAAUUUUUCCAACAACCAUCUUUCUGGGCAAAUUCCAGUUAGUCUGGGUGCGUGUGUCCGCUUAGAGUCCCUUCACCUGGAGGGUAACUUUCUUGAUGGCAGAAUUCCUGAGUCAUUCAUCAAUUUGGGAGGUGUUGCUGAGAUUGACCUCUCUCGAAAUAACUUGAGUGGACAAAUUCCAAACUUUUUUCAAUCCUUCAAUUCUUUGAAGCUUCUGAACUUGUCCUUCAACAGCCUUGAGGGUCAAAUGCCAGAAGGAGGGAUAUUUCAAAAUUCUAGUGAGGUACUUGUCCAAGGAAACAGUAUGUUAUGCUCUCGUUCCCCUAAGUUUCAACUGCCACUUUGCGUGGCAUCAUCCAGACACCAGCGCUCUUCUUCACGCAAUCUAAUGAUAACUGUGAUUAGUGUGGCCCUUGCUUUGGUCUUUGUGGCAUGUGUUGUAUUUAUUCUCUUGAAAAAAAGAAAGAGAUAUAAACGGUCAGAUCAUCCAUCAUUCAAUGAGAUGAAGAACUUCUCCUAUGCUGAUUUAGUCAAAGCGACAAACAGUUUCUCUUCAGACAACUUGGUUGGCUCAGGGGCAUAUGGAUCAGUAUAUAAGGGUGUACUUGAGUCUGAAGCACGUGAAAUUGUUGCUAUCAAAGUUUUCAAACUUGAUGAACUUGGAGCCCCAAAAAGCUUUGUUGCUGAGUGUGAGGCUUUUAGAAACACUCGUCAUCGUAAUCUCCUAAGGGUUAUUUCUGCAUGCUCAACGUGGGACAAUAAAGGGAAUGAUUUCAAAGCUCUUAUAAUCGAAUAUAUGGCCAAUGGCACCCUAGAGAGCUGGAUUUAUUCGGAAAUGAGAAGACCGUUGAGUUUGGGCUCCAGAGUAACAAUAGCGGUGGACAUCGCUGCUGCAUUGGAUUAUUUACAUAACCGUUGCGUGCCCCCAAUUGUCCAUUGUGAUUUGAAGCCUAGCAAUGUGCUUCUAGAUGAUAUCAUGGGAGCCCGUGUCAGCGACUUUGGGUUAGCUAAGUUCCUUCAAAUUCACGAUUCCUCAAGUAUUACUAGUUCAAGCUUAGCAGGACCAAGAGGAUCAAUUGGAUACAUUGCACCAGAGUAUGGAACUGGGAGCAAGAUCUCAAAAGAAGGCGAUGUAUACAGCUAUGGAAUUAUCAUUCUAGAAAUGCUCACCGGGAAACGCCCAACAGAUGAGUUAUUUAAUAAUGGUUUGAGCCUUCAGAAAUUUGUCGGAAAUGCAUUUCCCGAAAAGAUAUGUGAGAUACUUGAUCCUAAGAUCAUCCCAAAUUUCGGAUCUGAAGGCGUGGACACUAACCUAGACCAUGAAAAGCAUGUAACAAUGGGAAUUCUUAACUGCAUCAUGCAGCUUGUUAAGCUUGGCCUCGCAUGCUCCAUGCAGACACCAAAGGAUCGACCAACAAUAUUAGACGUUUAUGCUGAAGUCUCCACAAUAAAACGGACAAUCUCAGCACUAAUAUGUGUUGAGGAAUAGUCAACUGGUUUUGUUUGCAUGUUACGGGUGUAAUAUAAUCUAUGAUUAUUUUGCUCAAGUGACUGAAGGAAUCUUCCUGCGAAGCCGUUUUGUUUUAGUUCUUCAAAAUUUAUGCUGUGGUUCUGAAUUUUCAAGGAUUAGGUCUACUGGUGUUGUCACUGGCGCUCUAAUAAUUAUGGUACAGAAACGCAGAAAUGAAGAUGAAAUCAUAUCACGGUACGGUAGGCAGAAAGUGUAACUUCAAAUAUGACAUGUAUAUAUGUCCGGUUCUGAAUUUUCAAGGAUUAGAUCUA